UCCGCGACGCGAACUUUCACCCGGACGACGGUCCGCGCAUGCCGCGGCGCCACUUCCAAAGUUGUCGCGCGUGUUAAGUGAGGAGACGAGAGAAGGAGAACAAUUCUCCAUUCCUUCUCUCGGCGAAGAUUAUUGUGCGGAAGAAUAUACGACGCGAGACGUCGUCGACGCGACUGAGAAAUGAGCGAUUGACUCUGGAAACUCGGAACGUUAAUCCCUCGGGAUCCUUUGGUUUCGCCGAGGAUCGUCGACGCAGUUCGCCUCGACGCGGAGCGAGAAGAUGGAAAUUAAUUCCAACCGGAGCUCACGCGUUCCUUCGGAUUAAUUCGCACGCGCGCGCAAUAAUGACGUUUCCCCCUCGUGGACGGUGGCGUGCGGAUGAAUCGGAAUCGCGUCGCGUCGAGUGCCGGCGUUGAUUUUAUAUAUCUCCCUCGAUCGCGCGCGGGUCGACCCCUACGGGUAAACACGUGCACGCGAAUGGAAAAACCGUUUGGAAAAACACAAGCUGCGGGCGACAACGAGCGACGCUAUCUCUAAUUUUAAUUUCAAUCAUUGGCCGCUGCCGCCGCCGCCAGGAUCCGAACGGGCAUAUAAACCGCAUUCGCGUUUUCGGUCGCUUGGUCGCGCGAUGAAACCAGCCGGCCGGAAGAGUUUCGAUGCUGUCCCCGGAAUUGCGGCGAGCCGCUCUUAACCCGGAUCGGGUCGCGAAGGAAGAAGAAAAUUGUCGGCAAGAUCGUCGUCGAUCGCCGAAGCAGUUGGGUGAUAAUUACGAGUCGAAUCCAUGGACCAGAAAGUGCGCGAACGCCGUCGAGCGAUGGAUUUUAUAUUGCUGCUGCUCGUGAUGCUGCUGAGGCAAGAGGUCGCCGCUCUGAGGCUACUUAAAAUAAAUGUCCCGGCAUACAUCCUCAGAGGCAAGACCGCACUUCUGGAAUGCAGAUACGAUCCGCAGACAGACAAUCUCUAUGCUAUUACAUGGUAUAAGGACGAUGAGGUAUUCUACAAAUAUAUACUACAAACGAAAGAAGGCCACACUUAUCUCGUCAAUGGUGUUAAAGUUGAUAAAGAACAGUCGAAUGACCAGAUGGUAGUACUGCAAAAUGCGAGCCUUCACGCCAGUGGCGAAUACAAGUGCGAAGUUAACGGAGAAGCGCCAAACUUUAACUCGGUUAGCGGCAAGGCGAACAUGGAGGUCAUAGCGGUAUCUCAGGAAAGCCCAGCGAUAACGGGGCAGGAAAAGACGUAUGCGAAUGGCGACGUGCUCGCGCUGAAUUGUACCAGCGGCAAGUCCCAUCCUGCCGCGCAACUCAAAUGGUUCGUUAAUGGCGAGCAGGUGAAAUCCGAUUCGGAAAUGGUGUUCGAGCAACACGGACUGUACUCAACGAUAUCGAGUCUGCUGCUCGAGCUAGAGCCGGGUCAUCUCGCAAGCGACAAGAUAAACGUCAGGUGCGAAGCGACGGUGCGAUCGAGUCACGACAUCAACAACCCGUUCAUCGACACGCGCAACACCGAGGUCUUCGUUCAAGGUCUCGCUACCCUGACGACUCCUUCGCUAUGUCUGCUGGCAGCAGCGGCCCUACAACGAUUUCUGCUGCCCGUGUAAUUCCUUCGAAGAGGACGUCGAGACGAUUUUAACAUGAGAGAAGACAGGGGGAGAGCGAUUCAUGGAGGAAACAAAAGGCGAGAGGCAAAAGUUUCGUAAUGAAAGACAAUCAUAUCUUAAUACGGAGCAAACUGCGACGAGAAAAAUCGGAGGAUAUAUUAGAAUUAUUAAUCGUUAACAGCGAACAAUCCUCGUGAUUUUUACGUCGCGGUGCCUUCUCGUUAGAGAAAAUAUCGAGCUGGUCGAGCAUAGAUUUGCUCGUCUUUGUUCUCGAGAAUACUUUGUGCCCAUCUCCCCGACAUAUAUAAUCUUAGAUAGUUUAAUUAAUCGCGAAAGAAAGUACGCGACAUAUAAUCGAGUGGACACAUCUACGAAAUUCUCGCACGUACAAGAAACUCCUUCUCGGCGAGCAUCGAUUCCGUUGGAGUCGAUAUCUGCGUCAUGAUUUGUGAAAUCGGGGAUUCAAACUCUCGAUAAUGGGAGGGAACUUUUCUAAUUUUUCAUCUUGAUGAUAUAUUUGGAAAAUAAAAGCUUUUCCUUCUACAAUUGUAAAAUAAAUUUUGAAUUAAAUUCGUCAAAUUAUAAAUACGUUCAAUAGAAAUGCAAUAGAACGUAAUAUUAGAAAUUAUUAAUGAAAUUACAAGAUCAAGUUUUGUUUUCUUUAUGAAUUUGAACCCCAGAAAUUUUAUUUCACGUAUUAUAUUUCUAAUAGUUCAAAGAGAGAAGAGGUGCAGUCAACUGGAAUUAUAAACGAAAAAUGAAAUUUUUCGAAAACAAGAACAGUAAGUCUUACUGCUGUAACAGAAAUAACAUUAGCGAAUAACGAGAAUUUAAAAAGUGAAAUAAAAGAGAAUAUAACGAGCUAGAAAUAUAUCUGGCAAUGUAAAUAAUGACGUAUAUUGAUUUCCAUGUGCAAUUUUUAUUAUGGUGCAAUGCCUUUGACAUCUACAGUAUUUUUUAAACGAAAUAAUAAGUGUGUGAAUUUUAUGUUUUGUAUUUUUGUAUCUGAAUUUUUUUCAUCUCGUCUAUAUUUAUCUCAACUCGAAAGCAUCAUCUGAAAAUAGAGAAAGAACAACAUGUAUACGAAAAAAAUUUCUCGGGGAAGUAGCUUUAAAAACAACGUAUUAUCUUUUGCAUAAAAUUAUAUAACUUUUAUUAUGUACAAAUUAUUUUAUGAUAUAUAACUAUAAAAUUGUGCGAUUGUUUGUUGAAAAAAUGUCGAGGAUGUUGCACCACAAAAUUCGAGAAUCCUCUCGACGUGAUAUCGUUGUCAGUGAUAAUGGGCGCAGCAAUUGUCGUCAGAAUACAAUCAUUAUCGAUUGUAUCGUGCAGCGACCGAGUGUAAAUAUAUACAAUCCUUAGAUAGAUAGAUACGUUUUCAUCGGGCCUCGUCGUAAGCUUCCUUCAUUAUAAUUAUAACUUUUAAUUGGUACGUGUGUGAUUAAUAUAAGAAGCCAAGAAGAAACUCGAACAUCCAAUAGAUGCUCCCUCUCUCCUUUUAAUGCAUACGAUAAUACAAUUUUAUGCCUAAAAAUCCGCUUGAGCAAAUUUAAAAGUAUUUUGCUAUUUGGGUAAACAGUAAUGCUUGGGCAAAAUCAUUUUUAAUAAUGUGGAAAAUUAUGAUAAGCCUUGAAAAAAAAUAUAUUUAUUUUUAUAUGACAUUUGUGUCAAAAUGUAUGUUAAAUUGCCUAAUAUUAAAUUUGCCUAUCA